AUUUUUACUAUUGGAGGUCAGCAGUUGGUGAUGAGGACUGAGGAGGCCGCGCAGAUGAAUUUAAGCAAUCCUAGGAAGUGGUCGAAGGCUGCGGGGCUGUUGAGGUCGGGAGGGCUAGUGAAUGCUGAUGUGAGAAUAAAGUGCAGGCAGAAAUUCUGGAUACCAAAUGAGGAGGAG